UCUGUGAGGAGGCCACUCAGAACUGUUGUCUGCCCAGCCAUGGACUGCUACCUGCUGCCGCUGCUGCUGCUGGGACUGUCAGGUCAGGGCUCAGCCGAGAGCCAUCCCGAGGUGCUGCAGGCACCCGUGGGGUCGUCCAUUCUGGUGCAGUGCCACUACCGGCUCCAGGAUGUGAGGGCUCCCAAGGUGUGGUGCCGGUUCUCGCAGGAAGAGUGCCAGCCACUGGUGACCUCAGCUGUGGACCGAGGAGCCCCAGGAAGUGGGCGCAUAUUCCUCACUGACCUGGGUGGGGGGCUUCUGCAGGUGGAAAUGGUGACCCUGCAGGAGGAGGACACAGGGGAGUAUGGCUGUGUGGUGCAGGGAGCCGCGGGGCCCCAGACUCUGCAUAGAGUCUCCCUGCUGGUGCUUCCACCAGUUCCUGGCCCAGGAGAGGAGGAGGCAGAAGAGAAGGAGAGCUAUAGAACUGGAAGUCUGCCAAAGGACCCCUUCUUGGACCCCGCGGGGAGUGCUGGCCCUCACGAGUUCAGAAGGCAUGAGAAAAGGUGCCAAAAACAGUGUAUCCAUCUGAUCUGGGGUGUCGCAGUGCUUCUACUGGGCCUGCUGGUGGUGGCUGUGGUGCUGUUUGCUGUGUUGGCCAGAAAGAAAGGACAUAGGCUUGGAGUCUGUGCCGGGUCCCAGAGCAGUGGUGUUUCAGGCAUGGAGCCCUCCUCAGCGGUCCCCCACAGCAAUGACUCUGGACUGGCUGCCGGAUUGCCCACGGACAUCCCCUAUGUGAGGCUAGACUCACCACCUUCCUUUGACAACACCUACAGGAGCUCUCCCCUUGAUCCUCCAUCAAGGAAAUCCCCAGACCCGCCCCUACAACCCCCUCUACCUCCUAAGGUUCUGACAUCAUCCAAGCCUGUGACACAUGCCACAGUUGUCUUCCUGGGAGGGGACAAAGGUGACGGAUCUUCCUGUGAGCCUGCUCAGGAUCUACCCACCCAGUUAAAUAAUACACCUUAAUUUAUACGCCAGGGAUUAGCCCUGGGGCAGUCUCUGCAGCCGCACA